UGUGGGGUUGGGGUAAAUAAGUGCUUAAUGAUGGAUAUAGAAUUUGUGGGUCAAACGUGAUGCUUUCCUGCUGUAAAAUUAAUCGUCUGUGACAAAAGCUGCCAUAUCUUUGUGAACCUGAGGAUAGGAGCAACAGGCCAGCCCAGCCCUCCACUAUUUACAGAGCAGCUGCUUAUGUAACAGCCCGUAGCCCAAUGGUUGUGUGGGGGUGGCGGCUGUGGCCUAUAUCACAAGCCUGGUAGCGAGCCGAGCGGCUCAGAUCGUCGAGCCUAGUCUCGGGACCUUUCACUCUAGCCUUGGCUGCUCUGACUGAUGGAGACGCCAGGCGCCCUCAACGAGAUACUGCAGCUGGCCGACGAGGCUUUCAGGGCCAAGAACUAUGCACUAGCGGCCGACAUCUAUGAGUGUCAGCUGCUGGAGCUGGGCCCCGAGCGGCGCAUCUACCUGCGGAAGGCUGACGCUUUGUGCCGUUGCGACCGCUUCAGCGAGGCUCUGGAGGCCUACCAGAAGGCCGCGGACCUGGGCCGACUCCGGCCCGACGACAUGCAGAACUUACUGGAGAGCAUCACCGCCAACCUCCGCGGUAAGGAGCUGUUGCUCCGGAGCGGCAGACCGCAGGCUCCGGGCCAGCCCCGGGCGGGCAGCAGCACGGCGGCAGAUGCCAGUCCUGCCUGCGCGCCUAGUCCCGGGAACGGUGACAAGGAGGAAGAGGACGCCACCCCGUCUCUGCUGAGUUGCCGCUUGUGCCUGUGCCUGCUCUCGGAGCCCGUAUCGCUCCCGUGCGGACACAGCUUCUGCCGGCGCUGCCUGGAGCGGUCGGCGGCAGCGCCGUGUCGGCUCUGCGAACACUCCGCCUUGGUGCGGGCUGAAGCUGGGGCCGGAUCCGAGGCCGCCCCCUCCCAAACUCCCACCAGUUCCAGCUUCCGGCCCAACGUGGUUCUCUGCAACUUGAUGGAGAAGUGGUUCCCGUGCGAGAGUCGCGCCCGGCGGCUGCAGGCCGAGGCUGACGGGUUGCUCCAGGGCCGCGACUAUCUGGGCGCUCUGAAGCUGACUGAUCAGGCGCUCUCGCUGGUCCCCCAUGACUACUUGAUGCUGUGUAAACGUGCAGAGCUUUAUGUAACUCUCGGACAAUAUGAGAAAGCUCUUUGUGAUGGAGAUGUGGCAUGUGCACUUAAACCACUAAAGGCAACGGGACAUUUUUGGAAAGCUGAAGCUCUUGCUGGAAUGGGUAGAAUUGAAGAAGCUUUGAAGGAAUACUUAUACUGCCUUGCUGUGAGACCGGACUGGAAAGCUGUAAAACUAAAAGCACAAAAGAUCUUGUGUGAUAUGUUUGCACCUGUCGUGGAAAAUAUGGAAGACACUCUCCUAACCAACAUGCGAGUGCAGGCAACUUCUAUCAGACCCAAGCCUACUUUUCUCAGCACUUUUAGUUCUGCAUCAGUUGUCAAAGGUGGUACAGCUGCUGGGCCUUUUGAGUGUUUGAUCAAAGUGAACAAAAUUGCAGUCCAGGAACCAAAUGAUUCGAAUCAAACAUUAAAAGCAUCCAAGAUAACGCUUGGUGAAAACUUUCUGCCAGUUGACACAGCUUCAUCCUGGCCAGCUGAUGACAGUAAAAAGAGAAAGCUAUCAAGUGAGACAGAGUUCUGUGAGCGCUUCAAAAGACCCAACAAAAUGGUUAAAAAAGAUGAACUUGCUCCGUUGACAUUUAAUAAUUUCAAAGCUUCAGGGGAGAUACCUGGGAAGCUUGUGGAUCCAUCUGAUUUUGAAUGUUCUCUUUGUAUGAGAUUAUUCUAUGAACCUAUCACCACUUCCUGUGGGCACACCUUCUGCUUAAGGUGUUUGGAACGCAGUCUGGAUCAUAAUUCCAGAUGCCCGCUUUGUAAAAAAAAUGUUGCUGAGUAUUUGGUAACCAGGGCUUUUGGCAAGGCGUUCCUGAUAGAAGAACUGAUUGUACGGUACCUGCCUGAAGAAUUGAAAGAGAGAAAGAAGUUUCAUGAAGAAGAAAUGAAAGAACUGUCCAACCUCAACGAAGAUGUUCCGAUUUUUGUUUGCACCAUGAGCUUCCCAACUAUUCCAUGUCCUCUUCACGUUUUUGAACCACGUUAUCGUCUCAUGAUUCGCAGAUGUAUGGAAACUGGUACCAGGCAAUUUGGAAUGUGCAUUGGAAGUGACCUUAAUGGGUUUGCUGAUUAUGGCUGCAUUCUAGAAAUCAGGGAUGUGAAGUUCUUUCCAGAUGGUCGUUCUGUAGUUGAUACAGUUGGCAAGCGUCGAUUUAAAGUUUUGCACCACGGCCAGAGAGAUGGUUAUAGUACUGCCAAUAUUGAGUACCUGGAAGAUGACAAGGUCGAAGGGGCAGAGUAUAAUGAACUUGUCAGUCUGUCUAACCUGGUGUAUGACCAAGCAUUAAUUUGGUUUAAAUCACUCAAGGAUGAUAUGAGAACUCAAAUUCUGAAUCAUUUUGGACCAAUGCCAGGAAAGGAGCCAAUACCUCAGUCAAGUCAAGAUGGUCCUGCCUGGUGCUGGUGGCUGUUAGCUGUGUUACCUUUAGAGAGUCGUGCUCAGCUAGCAGUUCUGUCAAUGACCUCACUCAAAAAUCGCCUCAUUGCUAUUCGCCGUGUAUUAGUAUUUGUGACCCGACGACGGUUCCGAUCAUUGUGAUGAAGAUUUAAUUGGAUAAAUAGCUGCCUUCCAAAUGUGUUACUUUUUGUGGGGAAACUUUUUAAAACCCCAUUUGAACUAAAAUAAUGUAAUGUUUGAAAAGAAAAAUAAAACUGAACAGUGAAUUGCUCAUUUCCACAUAAAUUAGCAAGAAAGUAUGCUCAUAACCAAUUAUGUUACAUGUGUUAGAAUUGCCCUUUGAUUCCAAAGUAAUAUUUGAAGCCAUCACUGCUGUUUUAGAAAAUACUUUCUUAUUACUGAAAGAGUCUUGAAUAAAGUAUCUGUAGAUGGAGUUAACCACUGCCUAACAAAGAAAGACUAAUUGUGCAGAAGUAUUGAGGAAUAUGUUUUUUUCCAGUACUGGCCAGUGUGAAAUGAAAAUCUUCAAAUUUGAGGUGGCAUACAUGCUGCAUAGACUUGAAGCGUUGCAGAUAAUGACCGUAGAUUGCAAGUCUUUGCAAUUCUAGAAGUCAAGAAUGGUACGGCAGAAAUUCAAAAUUUCAAAUAGCUGUUCUGAACUCAUAAUAUUGGCAGUGUAUGGUGAAAGAUAUUUUUCAUUGUCAUUAUUGAAUGAAUUACACAUGGUCUAAUAAUACUGAUAUUUGGAAUCUUUUGGUUGUAGGCAGAUCUAUCAUAUUGGUUCCAUUAAUCUAACCAAGAUCUAUUAUGUUAAACUAGAUUAAACUUGUAUGCCAUCCUCUGCAUGUAUACUGCUGGUGAUACAGAGCAGAGCCAUUCUCUCUGGGUAUUUUUUUCAAAAUGUUUUUUUUAAGGUUUUGGAAAAUUGCCAUAAUGUUAAGGGCUAACUGAAGUUGGCAACAGCAUAGGAAAAUGUGCUGCUUCAAAUUUGGGUGAGUUUGGUUUGACACUCCUAGCAUGAAGUUUGCUCUUCAAUAAUUACUUAUGUGUCAUCACGAGCACUUUGUAUUUUUGGCUCAAGGACUCAAGAUAGAUAUGGCAGCAAUAACGCAUGAUUUACAAUCAUGACACACCUGAUAGCCUGUCAAAGUCUCAUUCAGCUGGAUGUUUAAGUCUGUCUGGACUGAACAUUACCAAGGUAUCAGAAAGGAGAGAACAGUGCAAUUUCAAUCUAAGUCCACUGUGGUAUGAGCCAAGUAACUUACCAAAUGAUAAUUGGGCAUGGAUUUAAAAUGGGAAGACCUGGUCACAAUGACCUGUUCUAGCUUACAUGUAAGGUGCUGAAGUCAGCUUUGCCAAGUCAGAUCUUGUCAAUCUACACUGGACAGUGUUUCUACAUCAAGAGAACUUGAUUCUCAUAAAAUUUUCAUUACCAGAUUUUUUUUUUUACUAAAGUUUAAUGGAUUUAUUUUCUCAGGAAAGCCUAUUUCUACACUGAACUAUUCAGUACCAUUUAAACAAAUUCUUAAGCUCAUGAUAAUGAAUUGGAGUAACUCGGGCCCCAGCUAUUUUAUCCACCUAAUUAUUUCAGUUGUCUGUCCUUUGCCUGAUUGGUUAGUUUAAUUGUUUGUGAAGUUAGCAUUUGGAAAUUUUGGAAGAAAACUCGCAUCUCAUUGGGUAACUUCAUCUGUUGGAAGUACAAUUAAUAUAUCAUCAUCUAGGCUGCAGAUUUGGCAUCUGUUUUGUAUCAUUAUGUGUAACUAUUUUUAGAAACAAGCUGUAAAUUCAUGAUUGAGUCAUGAUUGUAUGCAGAUGUUGGCAGUAAAUUUCUAGUCACUGUGUCUUUUUAUGCUAUUUUUUUUUCAAAUUCCAAAUAUCCCUGAAGUAUAAACAGUUUAUGUGGUUAAGAAUUGUUGAGCUUUAACUGGUACAGAAAAAUUCUGUAUUCUAUUACCUCCCAUCCUUCCGAGUCUUAUUUUUCUGACAAAUGUUAAUCUUACAUUGAUUUAUUUGAAUUCCUUCUUUUCAUUUGAGCCAAUUUUUUUCAAUUGUGUAUUUAUAUUGUGCUGCUCAUCCAAUAGAAUUUGUUUAUUCUAAUUUCGAACAAUGAUGUUACAGUUCUGUCAACUUGUUAAAGCUGUUGUACACUUGUGAUGUUAAGUACUCAUUGUGUUUGGGGGUAAAAAAAACCAUUGUUGCUGUGAAGUGUUACCAAGGUUUUGAAAGUGCCAUUUUACUGUGUUUUUAAUUUUUCAGUGUAAAGAGGGGUUACUUAUUGUGGUAGUACGUUUGCUGAAUUUGUACAAUUCCAUCUGCAUUUUCAAACUGUCAUACUGCUUGGACGCAGUAAAUUAUUAUUUGCAGUUGGUGAAAUUGAAACCAAAAGAAGCAACACAGCUCAUGAAAAAGCAUUAUCCUAAUGUUGUCAAUUUGUAUUAGUCUUGAUAGUAUUUUUGGAAUUGACUGUGACUUGUAUGAAGUAUAUAUACAAAUGCAGAAUUUGUUUUGCAGUAAUGGUGAACUUGCAUGACAAAUUCUCAACUGUGGCUGUGUUAAAAAUCUUACAAUUGCCUACGAAGCAUUUUUACUUUGUGGGGUGGUAAAGUAUACAGACUCUCAGUCAUGGUUUUGUGCAGUUUUCUCAGUUGUAUGGGUAUGAAAGUUAAUACCAUGUUGUGGUUUGUAACAGGCAAAUGGAUCCAGUACUUCAGCAAUUUAAAUGUACCAAUGCAAACCUUAGACCAGUUUACAUUCAGAUUAUAUAGAUGCACAUGGUAUGCUACCUCAUUGAACUUGAACCAGAAACGAACUCACUUUUAAAUUUUGAGUUCUAAGAGUCUGUACAAAACAUUUUUCAUUGAAAUGUAUUUGAGUGGAGGCCUUUUAACCUAAAGUCUGUGGGUUAGAAAUUUGCCCUCUGACACUUGGCACUAAGUAAUUAAUAAGCAGUUUCACAGAACAAAUCCCUCAAACUCUGAACUUAGUACAAGCAAUCAAGGACUAAUAAUUUCUCAUCCCAGAUCCUUUUUAUUUACUGUUCAAAGUUUAUUUGCGCCUUUGUGUGAUGUUACUAUGUUUUGAUUCUGUUUGUUUUCCAUGAUUCAAAAGAGUUUAAUACAGGAUGCUGCAAUUUUGUUGUGUAAAUAUGUAUAAAUACAAAAUACAAAAUAUAUUUAUUUGGAUUUAAAAACUUUAAA